AUGUUGUUGCAGAGCCUGUCUGUGCUGUCGCUUGCGACUUCGUUUGCCUCGUCGUUUGUGCUCCCUGUCCGGGAUACUGAAGCUCUACCUCCGACAUCGUUUUCGCUAGAAGUUGCGCGCAGCGAGACGGGCAAGAGAGACUUCCAGCGCGAUUGGGCCGCAGCAAGGCAGAAAUGGGGCGGCAGCACCCUCAAGUCCCGACCAACUCCGUUUUCUCUCGCAGAUGAUGACGGGCUCGUUGACGUCCAUCCCAUGGGCAAUGAUGAUUUGUACCUAGCCGACAUACAGAUUGGUAACCCACCACAGACGGUCAAAUUGGCGUUGGAUACCGGCUCUUCUGACGUGUGGGUGCAAUCUACGGACACCAAAUAUCGCGUCAACAGAAACGGACCCUGGGCACCCCAGUAUCGUCCCAAAGACUCCCAGACUUCGUCUCUUAUCAACGAAUCACGCUGGGAUGUUCAGUACCUGGAUGGCACUUCGGCAUUUGGUAUAGUAUACCACGAUACGAUUCGAUUCGGCAACAUCGAGGUGGAAAAUGCCACCGUGCAGUCUGCUCAAACCAUGGCCUCGCGCUUCGAGACGGAUAUCGAGAUGAGCGGUAUCAUGGGGCUCGCCAAGCGUCUGCGAAACAACAUCGAUCCUCCUGUACCAACAUUCAUGGAUAUGCUUACCCCUCUCCUUGACUCGCCAGUCUUCACUGUUGACCUCAAGAAGAAUGCCACUGGCCAGUUUGAGUUUGGUCGCAUUGACAUGGCGAAGGCUUCAGACAACAUUACCUGGCUCGAUUCAGUUGGAAGGAGUGCUCACUGGGACGUCAACUUUGACCUGACCUCGUGGACUAUUCCGGAUCAGACGUGGUGGUACUACCCUUUCUCCGGCACCAUCGACACUGGCACGACCCUUAUGUUCCUGCCCAGUCCUCUGGCCAGUCGGUACUGGUACAGCGUUCCAGGCAUGCGUCAGUCAGUCGAGCUCGACGGCGCCUACACUUUUCCCUGCGCCAACGCCAAGGAUCUGCCCGACCUGCUGCUCAAGCUUCCCGGCACAGAGCACAUCCUGACCAUUCCCGGACGCUACCUCAACUAUGGACCGGCCGACCCCAGAGGCGAGUACUGCUGGGGCGGCAUGCAGAGUGCUGAGGGUAUGCAGAUUGUGGUGCUGGGCGACGUAAUGCUCAAGGCGCUGUUUGUGGCAUUUGACCUGGACAAGCAACGCGUCGGGUUCGCCAACAAGGUGCUCACGGACGAGAUGUAG